AUGGCAGACCGUACGCAAACACUGUCAGGGAUGAAGCAGACUGAGACGGAUCGGGACCACCCAGAGCAACAACAACUGCUGGGAUACAUUCUAGAUGAUAAGCAUCCAGAAAAUGAAAUAAUAAUCAAAGACUGCAACACUUGCCUGACGAGGGGAAAUUUCCAGACUUUGGGGCUUCGAAAGGACAUGGAUUCCGAGAUGGGAAAUGCUUGUCUGCGCCUCGUGCAGGAAAUCCUUCAGAUACAGGGAAAAUCAAUUCAUGUUGUUGACCUGUAUAUACCCCCAACAUGGCUGCCAACUUCUAAUUGCAACCCUGCUGAAGGCUUGCCAGUAAACUCACAAAACAUGGAUGCUAUCGUCAUUCCUCUUUGGGUCCCCGGUCAUUUCAUGUUUGCUCUUGCGCAGAAACUGGCUCCAGGUCCCUGGAUUGAAAAAACAGGGAAAGACAUAGAGGGACUUCCCCAACAGACACAUGCCAAUGACUGUGGCAUUUUUAUGAUAAUGUAUACUUGGUACCUAAUCCUUGGUGCACCAUUUGACUUCACUGUCGACGAUAUGCCAGUACUGCGAAGAUGGUGGUGUGUAGUGCUAGUGGAAAACCUACACCUGGAAGGGCAUGGAAGACGAUUUGCUCAUUUCACUAAAGAGGGCAAGCAAAUGGUCAAUGGGUGCCUUUCACCCAUCUUCAGACUGAAGAGGAAGAGACCGUGUACUGAAACUUCGAGCUGCAGUAAGGACCAGCCAAUAAUCCACCUGGCUCUCCCCCUCCUCCCGCUGUCCGUGCGCCCGAGUCUUGCGUUGGCCGGCACGGUUGUCCACGUGCGGUCCCAAGCGGGGGCCGCCGCCCCAGAAAAGAAAUCGUUGUUUUGUCCAUUCAUUGUCCUCAUACACAACACUCACCACUGUGCACUGUCCUCACGGUGCCGUGAAAGGCGCACUCUGAUUCGCCCACGCACCAGCACUGCUGUGGGGCGUCUUCUGCGAGGCGUUCAGGUGCGCUCGACUAAACGGCGUUCAACAGGAGUGAUGAUUAAAUAG